AUUCUUUGAAUGUCCAACAGGUACUGCACUAAGAUGACUUCAAAUGUGACGCAGUAAAAACAGCAACUGGUGAAUUGACAUAAAAAGGGAACGUGCCCUAUAUUAGAAAGAAAUACUGUAAUUGAACUCACUACUGUAUAUUUACACUUUUAAAAAUACAAUAACUUAAUAAAUGCGCUUUAAAAGUACGGUUUAUCAGAUACAGUCUACGUUUCCAGAGCACAGUAUUUAUAUUCUUUAGUUGUAUAUUUUAUGAUGACGAGACGUGUAUUACUGUAUUAUUAUUACUGUUCUGCUUGUGAACGUUACAUAAGUUCUGGUGUCUGUAGGUCCGUGAACGCACCACUUCUACUUAAACAUCUCGUUAGAACUUAAAAACCUCCGAACCGUGGCUGGACUUUUACGAACUAGUCCACUAUUACAGCACUGCAGUACAAGCAGCACUGGGCUGGGCUCCAGAACCACGAGCUGGGCUGGGCUCCAGAACCCAGGACUGGGCCGGUCCCGUGGAACCAGGAAGUGUUUUUAUCCGCGAGACAACGCUGAGGAGAGAUGUCUUCACACGCAGAGCUGAGGCUGGUGGUGCUGGGCCGGACCGGGGCAGGGAAACGUUCGGCCGUGUGCGCCAUCCUGGGCCUGGACUCCGAGCAGGACGCGGACGGUCCCGGUCCACAGGAGAGCCGCAAACACCGCGGCCAGGCGGCAGGCAGACAGGUGGCCGUGGUGUCCGGGCCGCCCUGGUUCGGCUCGGGCUGCGACCCGCAGCAGCGGAGGAGGCACCUGUCGGCGCUGGUGGCGCUGUCCAGCCCCGGGCCCCACGCCUUCCUGCUGUGCGUCCCCGUCAACCGGCCGGCCGACGAGGAGGCCGAGGCGCUGGCCGUUCUGGGCCGCCUGUUCGGCGCCUCGGCCGUCAGCAAACACACCGUGGUUCUGUUCACGCACACCGAGGAGCUGGAGGAGGACGAGCAGCUGGACGACUACCUCGCCGCCUGGCGCCACGACCUUCAGGAGCUGCUGCAGAGGUGCGGCGGGCGCCACCACACGCUGGAGGCGCGGGCCGGGGCGCCGGGGGCCAGGGCGCCGGGGGCCGGGGCGCCGGGGGCCGGGGCGCCGGGCCGGGGCGGUGGAGGAGCUGCUGGAGAAGGUGGAGCGGGCGCUGCAGGAGAGCGGGGAGCCGCACCUCCGCUGCCUGCUGUACCAGCAGACGGAGCAGCGGGUGAGAGAGAAGCAGGUGGAGCUGGCGAGGGGCAAAGCGGGGGGCGCCGCCACGGAGGAGCUCCCGGAGCAGCUCCUGGAGGAGGUCCGGGACGAGGCGGAGAGGAGCGUGGGCGACCUGGACCUGGACGUGGACGCCAUCUUCCCCUCCGGCGCCGCGGGCCCCGCGGGCGAGCCCUCGCUCGCCCGCCGCCUGUGGGGGCUGCUGACGGGGUGGACGCAGUGGCUGCCCACGCUGGUGAGGAGGGAGUCGCUGCUGGGGGCGCUGGUGGGCCUGUUUGUGGGGGGGCCCUUUGGGGGGGUGGUGGGGGCCACGGUGGGCUCCGUGGCCACUGAGGUGGGGAGAAGGAAGACGGAGAAAACCAAAUGAGCCCAGUCGCUUCACUGCAUCGCAGCAAACAGAGUCAGCUGCUUCACCGACGAGCUGUUACACUAAGAUACGAUCUGUAAAUACGACUACGUUGCUAAUGUCCUCGUUCUGAGAAACACGAGGCUGGAAGUAAUCUGGGGCCUCAGCUGAUCAAACUGUCAGUGUAGCAGAGUGUGAAUUUGUUUUGUUUUGUUUUGUUUUGUUUUGUUUUGUUUUGUUUUGUUUUGUUUUGUUUUGUUUUGUUUUGUUUUGUUUUGUUUUGUUUUGCUAUGUUUUGUUUUGUUUUGUUUUGUUUUGUUUUGUUUUGUUUUGUUUUGUUUUGUUUAGGCUUGGUUUGUUUAGGUUUGGUUUGGUUUGUUUUGUUUUGUUUUGUUUUGUUUAGGUUUGGUUUGUUUUGGUUCGGUUCGGUUUCAGCUUUUCCUUUUUUACCACUGAUGAUACAAAUUAAAUAAGAGCAGACUAAGAACGCGUCAAUGUAUUAUAUAUAAGUUGUAGAAAUGAUUUUGCUUUGACUUUAGUUAUAAAGCUUUGGUUAAUGCAGCUUUAGACAAAAGCUAAAAUGUUUACACUGAGGAAGUACUUUGAUCAUUUGCUUAAUAAAAGUGCCAGUAAGUAAAAGUACAAACAGUAAAAUUUAAUCUUUAUUACAGAUAAAUUACCUCACCACUUUAACGUCCCAGCAGCUUGUUUUUACUCAGUAUUUGUUGUUUGAGAAAAUGUUUAUAAUUAGAAUAAGUAUAUGUUUUAUGAUUUAGUCUUCGUAUUCAUCCAGUAGACGUGGAUUAAAAGAAGAAAGGGACGAUGAAGCACGGACUAAACUCUUCCCACUCGGAUCCUGUAACUUCUGAAGCUACCGACUGAAGCCUCCAGCAGGUGGAGACGUGAGCCUAAAAGGUUCAACUCAGUAAGAAACGCUGCUGUUUCCUUCAGUGUCAUCAGCUCACGGACUUUCAGCUGGUAACAAGGUCAAAGGUCAAACGUCCUCGUAGCAGGAUGAGGCGAUGGUUGCAUGAACCUGGAUUCCUCCGCACUCAAUGGCAGCUCGGGUCUGUGACACUGAUGUAAUUGACACUGCCAAACGCGUCAGUCAGAACCCGUCCUCACAUCGCUCUCCGCCUCGGGAACAGCUGGGCGUUUCCGAGUGUGGGUGGUCCGGUCGGGAGAGAGAGGGAGAAUUAGCCCGUCUCUCAUGUUUCCCAAAAAAGAGAGAGUGAGAAUCAGCGUAGGAGAGAGCGAGGCGGAGAACGCGCUCUGGGACCACAUCUGUCCUCCAGAUGUGGCCUCCACAGUUGUCUGAAACAGGAAAAAAGGUUUUAAAGUAAAGGAAAAUUGGUGCUAAACAGUUUUUUAUUGUUAGGGAUUACGCAUCCAGUCCAGACUAGAGCUUAGAGAGCCAGGAUCCGCUGCCUUCUCUCUUUAAUAAAGCGACACCACAAGCCUUGAAGUCCAAGUGUAUGAAGGAACACCUGUCCAAAUAUUAUUCAGUCCUGGUGGAUCCACAUCACGGAGAAGAGAGCAGCUACAGAGCCAGAGGAAGAUGAUGGAGGGGAAGAUGUUUUUACAGGAAACAAACACAAAUCAGUCUGCAGCCGGCCGGAGGAGACCAAGGAGGAGAUGGAAGACGACGAGGAGAGGAAGGAGGAGAGGAAGGAGGAGACAAAGGAGGCGACAAGGAGACAGAGGAGAUUAAGAAGGAGACAAAGGAGGCGACAAGGACACUGAGAUGACGAAGACAGGAGACGAAGGAGAAGAUGGAAGAAGACGAGGAGACGAACGAGGAGACAAGGACACACAGAAGACGAACGAGGAGACAGGAGACAAACGAGGAGACAGAGGAGAUGAAGGAGGAGACUGAGUUUGGCAUGAAACAAACAAGUGAUUGACAAAUUAAGUUACAACACAUUUUAAUUGAAUAUUAUUUUGUGCUGGGUGAAGUAAACAAACACUACAUGUUUUUCAUGACACGGA